AAGAUUGUCAUCAUCGAUAUUGAUGUUUUUUUUGUUUAAAUUGUAAGAUUGUCAUUAGUGACCUAUGAGCUAUGUCUCUAUAUCUCGCAAUCCCUGAAGCUUCCCUUUUGGAAUUCGAAUUUUAAUAAAUCGGCAAGAAAGAAGAAAUCGUCGAAUUAAUUGUGGGCUUCUCUGGUGGGAAAUAAUGGUAUCUCAAAGAAAAGAGGAGGAGAGAUUGGUGGAAGAAAGCACUUAAUGAUAUCUCAAAGCCUUCUGCUCUACAAGCAUCAAAGAAAAAUAAUUCCGCAAAUGUGAGGGAAAGAUCUUGAUUCCUCUAGAAACAAAUUUAGUGCUGGAAAAAAAGAGAUAAUUAUUCUAAAGUUUUGGAGAAAAAGGGUGGCAGGAAAGCACUAGCUGAUCUUACAAACUCAACUAAGUCGUCCUUUGUUGCAGAAUUAGAAUUGCCUCAAAGCACAGAGAAAGGCCAUGGACAUGAGUUGUUUUCUCAAGGAAGUUGGAUUAGAUCAUGAUGAUGUCCCUGUGCAUCUAGGAGCAUCUCCACAUGCACUUGAACUAUCAAUGAAGUCGAAGUCAUCGACAUAUCAGUCAGGAAGCCCAACGAAGCAUUAUGUCCAAGUGGAAGAGCUGCCAGAACUGAUCUUUUAUGAUCAGGUCCAUUGUAUAUCUUUUUCCCCUUGUGUUGCAUCUCCUAGAUCAGUAAAGCCACAAUAUAUCAGCUGGGCGGAUGACGGUGUUCUAGAUUUUGCAUUGCUUUGGAACACCUAUCCAUUCAAAGCAUUGAUGGACACUACUUUCAACUCAAGGAUCACUCGCAACCCUUUGAAAUAUAUUUGUUGUAGUCAUCGGCAACCAUGUACAUCCAAGAUUGUAUGCUUUAAGAAGAACAUUUCUAGUUGCAACAGUAAUGUUGUUCUGCCAAGCAACAAAACCUGUUUCUAUUCAAAGAAGUGAUGCAGUUGUGCCUAAGAUCACUGCCAUUUUCCUGCAACUUCCAACAUGGACAUUUCUCCAUCUCACUCAGAUGGAUCAUGAGUCGCCAUGGAUGAAUCUAUGUCAACUUCUGACACAGUGAGAACUCCGGAGGUCGAAUACAUAGAUGACCAUGAAUUGGCUGCAGUUGAUUCCAUCGAGAAGAAGGCGUGUAGCACCCUCUACAUCUUAGAACAUGUCACA